AUGGUGCUGGAGGAUCGUGUCGGGGGUCGGGGGUGGCUGGGGUCGGUUCGAGAGCUGCAGAGCGUGUGCUUCGAUGCCUGCAAGGAGUGCCGCAAGGUCGUGCCUGUACGUCUCCGUGUGUCGGACUCAACCCCAGGCCACCUCUGGAGGAAGGAAACAAAGGCAGACAAGGCAAUGGCAGAAACAACGGCUGUGGCAGUGGCCGAGCUAGAACUUGGCGGCAGCGGCGGCGGCGGCGGCGGCGGCGGAUGUGGUGGUAGGAGGAGCGUCAUUGAAAGCUAUGGUAGCGGUAGCAGCGGCAGCGACUGCUACGGUAGCGAUAGCAGCGGUGACGGUGGUUUCGACCUCGACGGCGCCCCCGGCAGCGAAGUUGACAGCGAGGACGCCGACGCUAGCGAUGUGGACGGUAGCGAAUGCAGCUGGAGUCUCCCCUCCUUGUGGGAAAGGGAGGCAGCGAUAGAGACCAGGAGAGAAUCGAUCCCUUCCCCGUACUCUCCACCGGGCAGAGACGUCCCACCUCUCAGGAUCACGGGCAUGUUGUGGGAGCGCAGCACGCUGGCAAAGGCUUCCUUUGGCCGUCCCGAGCUGCCGGAGGCGGCCUUCAGGGCUGCGGUGAUCGAGCCCUUGCACGGGGCGGCCUGCACGACUACGCUAAAGCGGAUCACCCUCAGCUCGAAGAACUCCAACCUUCCCACGACGACGGUGAUGCUUGACGCGAAAGACGGCGAAAUAAACUGGCCGCCUUCGCUCGAAGAGCUGACCUUCGGCGAGCAUUUCAACGCCCCCAUCAACCAGGUCGCUUGGCCGGACGGGCUCCAGCAACUCUCGUUCGGGAGGUCCUUCAACCAACCCAUCGCCGGAGUGUCGUUGCCGCCUUCGCUCCAGCAGCUCAAGUUCGGGCUCGCCUUCGACCAACCGAUCGACGGGGUCGGGUGGCCCCCCCGCCUCAGGCGACUCACCUUCGGCGCGCGGUUCAACCGCCACCUGGUCAGCCUGCCGUCCACGCUAGAGCAGCUCACGUUCGGGUUCUUCUUCGACAACCGCUCGGUGUCGGGCGCGGUCUGGCCCUCAACGCUGAGGGUCCUGACGUUCGGCCACGACUUCGACACCGACAUAAUCGGCGUGACGUUUCCGGCGUCGCUGCAGUGCCUCACAUUCGGCUUCUGCUUCAACCGCCCCGUCAGCCGCGACGGCGUGGGGGUAGCGUUCCCGGCGUCCCUGCAGCAGCUGUCGUUCGGGGCCUGCUUCAACCAGCCGGUGGACGACGUCGUGUGGCCGGCGUCCCUGCGGCGGCUGGCGUUCGGGUUCGCCUUCAGGCAGAGCAUGGAUGGGUGGGCUUGGCCGGCGGGCCUCACCAACCUCUCGGUCAGUCGUUGGUGCUCGCUCUCCAGGAUCGACGUGCCGACCGGGGUGCAGCUCGAGCUCACCUGACAACGGGAGGAAGGAAGACGAUGACUCUCUUGAAUUCGUUCGUCCUUUCGUCCGUAUCGUAUGUCGUAUGAGUUGUGUUGUGAAAUUUCUUUCAUCUGGUAUGCAUACUACCUGGUGAAUCCCCGCAUUGGCGGUGAUGGUUAGUGCUUGGUAUUGCAGAGAGUCCCAUGUUGCUCCCACACCGAGAUUUUCUCGAAAGCCAGUGGGGGGGGGGGGGAGACACGGGUGUUCUUGCUUUAGAAUAUGUCGUAGGUCGGCAGGGCUUCGUGUAUUGCGCUUGACGUAGCGGAUAGUCGUUACCGAGAAUCGCUCCGGGAUGCGCCAUUGAGCACCACAUGGUGUAGAAACUCGGAACGGCAACGGUAUAUAAUAGAUGUAGGAUGAUCUUGCUACGCAAUACUUCGAAGUGUAAAGUAGCAUGGAUAAAAUCUUGGAGCUGAAUCCAUGUCUCAAGAGAUUGUAUGAUAGAUAAAGAGAUAUCUCGCGGCAGUCAGAGUUGUUUCUGGAACAUGGAGAUGCUGGGGCUUUUGCCUUGUAGGUCAGUAGAGAGGGGUUGUAGCGUAAGUUCAGGAGCGAACGUGAGAAAUCGUAAGAGAGACGAUGUUGAGCUGCUGUACAUUGUAGGCAGGCUUGGCUUUGUUGGACCUGAAGGAGGAAGAUGUCGAGAUGUUGAGCAGGCUGUGCUCUGUUGAAGUUGAACAGCGAAGAUGUUGAGGGAGGUGGUGAGUAGGCUUUAUCUUCGUUCUGGGUGUAAUGAUAAAUUCUACACCAGUUGUCACAGGUACCCGGAUGUCGUGUGCGGAAUUCGGUGGAAGAUUGCCGGUGAAGCACGAUGAAGGAUUACUCAGGCUUUAUCUUCGUUCGGGGUGUAAUGAUUGAUUCGAC